CGUCGCCAGUCACACUAACUUUCUUUAAAGCGAUACAUACGUGUUAUUUCACGGGGACGCGUAUCAGGUACCCAACGAUGAGACGACAGUCAAUGUUGCUGCUGUUGGCAGUGGCGUUUGCUGCAUGUGUAAACGCAAGUCCGUACUCGAAAGUACCGUACAGUUAUCAAGGACAGGGAUUUGGUAAUGCCAAAGCCUCAGCGCACUCGAGUGCAAGUAGUGGAUAUGGCUCCUCAUCCUCAUCAUCGGCUUCAUCAUCGGCAUCAGCAUCAAGUUCAUCCUUUGCCACCAGCAGUGCCAAUGCCCAGGCAAAUAUCGGCGCAGCCGAGGAGGACGGUUACUUCCUGAACAAUCCUGGUACUGGAUCUUUGGAUUUGGAGGGUGGUGCUGAAGUGCCUCACCAGGAGCUUCAGACUCCGCACGCUUUUGGAUCCGGAAGUCAUGCAGGAAGUCAAGGGGGAAAUCAAGGAGUCAGUGAUUCUGGAUCUGGUCAGACACAGCAGGGGGGUGAUUACUGGUGGAUGGGUGCUGGAAGCCCAUUUGGACCCAGUGGUAAACCAUCCAUUGGUUGCGGUUCCAGUGCAUGCACAGCAAGUGGAACUUUCAACUUAAACCAGGGCAGUGGUGGAGCUCACGCCGAGAGUGAUGAGGGACAAGUUCAAAUUCAGGUGAAUAAGAAUCCAUUCUUGAAUGGAAAUGGUGGAUCUUUCAGUGCUGGAAGUAGUUAUCACACUGGGUCUCAGCACUCGGGAUCAUCUGCCGUUGGAUCUCAACACUCAGGAUCAUCUGUGGGAUCUUUGGGAUCAUCUGUGGACGAAUCUCAGACUUCGGAUUUCUCGAAGAAUCCGUUCUUCAAUGGUGUGGCUUCGGGGGCUGGAAGCAGUGCGAGCUCUUCUGCAUCGGCAUCUGCUCAUGCUAAUGCACAGGCUAAUGCACAGGCCAAUGCGGCAGCUAAUGCUGCAGCCAAGGCAGCAGCAAAUGCAGCAGCUAAUGCAGUUGCCAAUGCAGCAGCCAAUGCGCAUGCUAAUGCUGUGGCUAAUGCAGCAGCCGAUGCAACAGCUAAUGCCAAGGCUAGUGCCAAUGCAAUCGCCAAGGCUAAUGCCAAUGCAAUUGCCAAUGCAAAUGCCAACGCAAAUGCCAAUGCCAAUGCUGAUGCUUACAAUCGAAAUCCAUUCUUAAACUCUGGACAUGUUCAAACACCACAAGCACCAGCUGUUCAGCAAAACAUCGAUCAAGCACAGUACCCUGAUGACUCUCAAAGCCAAGAGCAGGACUUUGACGGAUAUACUGAACAGAAUCCCAUCCCCAAGUUCCCAGAGUCCAGUGGCUUCACCGUCAGCUGCACUGGAAGAGGAAAAAUCUGCGUGGCCAAGCAUCUCUGCAAUAACGGAUACGUCAGCUCUAGCCUCCAGGGACUCACCCAGGUGCGAUCUGGCGCCCAGGACUGCGAUGUGAAUCGUGAGGUAUGCUGCACCAUCAACAGCCAGAAGAGUCCGGAUCAGUCAGCAGCUGGAAGUGGGUACUACGACGGUCCCAUCGAAAGACACCCACACACUGGAGGAAUUUUCGACGACGAGGGACAUCAACCAGCUGAGAAUAAUGGCUAUUUGCCACCUUCACCUUCAAUUAGGCAUGAUGGCACUGCACAGGAGCCAUCUUUUCUCAGACCUCCACUGAGGCCCAAGGAAAUUGUACCAGCCCCUUCAGAACCUGCACCAACUCAUGUUCAGCUCGGAUGUGCAGCUGCUCUUGUAUGCGUCGAGGAACAGAUGUGCGGAAUGGAUGGAACCAUGAGCUCAACUCCAAUUACUCUUACUAGUGAACAGCUUUUGAGACGAGUACCACUCAGUGAUUGCAAGAACCCGGACAAUGGAGUGAUUGGCAAGUGCUGCCGAGAUCCGAAUUACGUUGACCCCUGGCCAGCAGGCAAUCUCCCAGCUAACUACUCCGGUGGUUUCGAUGAGCAGGGCUUCCCGACCUUCCUCAACAUCCAGAGAAAUCGCCCAACGAAAAAACCCACCAGUCCACCUCCAGCCAAAGGUCGCCCACCAAUCAAAGGAUUCUCCCCCCAGCCAAAGCAAUUCCCAAGCUUCCCUGAAAUUCAGAAUCAAAUAAGUGGUGCUUUGAAUAACUACUUCAAGCCAACUCAGACUCCUCCCGUUCAGCCAAGUCACCCAAGUGAUGAUGAACCUGCUGGAGUCCCAGCCAAACCAAACAGACCGAGUUUCCCAAGCUUCCCAAAUUUUCCCAAUUUUCCUAAUCCCUUCGGACAAAAAAAUUACGAGUCGUCUGCAACUGACGAGCAUCGCGUUGCCAUUACACCCCACACACCUGGAAGCCAGUGCGGUGUUAAAAACACAGUUCAACGGCCAAGUGGUUUAAGCGACGUUGAAGUAGGCUUUGGUGAAAUUCCUUGGCAAGCGAUGAUACUCGAUAAUGAGAGAAAGAAACUACUUUGCUCUGGUGCAUUUGUUGCACCCAAUGCAGUUUUAACCGCAGCCCGAUGUCUCGAUGGAUUCCAGCCUGGGCAGAUUUCGGUUAAGGCAGGAGAAUGGAAACUUGGAUACGAGCUGAAACACGAGGAGCCUCUUCCCUUCGAAAUCGUCCAGGUCGACUCAAUUGUUCCACACCCGGGAUAUUUGCCUGGUUAUGCUGCACAUGAUGUUGCCAUGCUCAUGCUGGAGAAACCCGUGGCCUUGGAUCGGCACGUGGACACCAUCUGCCUGGGCAGACCAGAAAUACCAAAACCCGGAAGCCGAUGCAUUUCCACUGGAUGGGGAAAGACCAUUCUCGAGACCCAUGCGGCAGGAGCUCUGAUGCGUGCCAUCGACGUCGACGUAAUGAGCAUCCAGGACUGCGAACAGCGUCUCCAAGAGGCUGAAGGCCCUGUUGACCUGGACCAAACCCUCGUUUGUGCCAAGGCCCACAGAACAAACAACAACAUGUGCCAGGUAGAUUUUGGUGGCCCACUGGCUUGCGACAGAGGUGAUGGCCACUACGAGAUCAUGGGUGUCUACACUCAGGACACUGGAUGUAUCCCCACAAAUCAAGUGGCUACAUUUGCCCUCGUGGAUGACGCGUGGGUCCAGCAAACAUUAGAAUCACCACCUGUGCCAGAGGCUCAACGUCGUGUAGAGGAUGAAAAACCUCACACAUUCGAGAGACAGCAGCCAUGCGACUGCCAAAAGAGCAAUCUCCCUUCUCAGAACAAUCAAUAUCUACCUCCCGUCUAAUCGGGCCGACUGAAUUCAUUAAAACUUGAAUAUAAAUGAUAAUGAUUUUUAUGAGCACAAACUCUUGCCUUUCAAUUUAUUCCUCGAUUGAAACAGCAAAGAGGGGGAAGCUGAGAUUUUUUUUUUCGACAAUGUAACGCCAUAAUUUCAAUGAGAUGCAACGAGUUUAGUAGCCACUUUUCAUUAUUUCGUAAAAAUGUGGAAAUUGCGGAUAUGAACAGAGAAUUUCCCUAUUUUAAGGACUUGUGUAUGCGUAAAUCCGUAUGUACUUAAAUAUUCGUCGGCAAAUGUUGUAAAUUAGAUGACUGUGCAGCUGAGGAAUAAAAAUUCUUCAUUUGCACACUUAUACUAUUUCUAGUGUAUUUAUGAAUGGAUGUGAUAAUUCGAUGUCUUACGAUAUACAUUUUGUUUUAUCACGUGGAGAAUAAACUUAGAUAUAACAAUUA